AUGUUCUCCUCCACCUUCCGCGCUGCGGCCCGCGCACCCACCUCGACCUUCGCACGCAGCUUCUCGUCCACACGCCCCUCGCAGGUCGCGCGCAUGACCGUCAUCGGCCGUCUCGGAGUUGCGCCAGAAGAAGUCACCGUCUCCGGCGACAGGACACUCGUGCGCUACGUAGUAGGAACGAGCUACGGCAAGGGCGAGGACAAGAAGACCAGCUGGUUCCGGAUUGCGAGUUUCGUGCAGGGCGCGCAGAAGGAUUUCUUGAUGAACGUGCCCAAGGGUUCGAUGCUUUAUGUUGAUGCGGAUGCGCGCAUGGAGACGUACCUUGACAGCGAGGGCAACAAGAAGAGCAAUUUGAGCUUGGUCGCACGCAACUUUGACGUCUUGUCUCGUGCUCGUACUGAGGACACGGAGAAUAACGACGAGGGCCUUGUUCAGGAAGCUUCUGGUUAG